AUGGCGAACGUCACGACGCGAAGCACUAAUAAUCGAAUUGAAGAUUUGGAAAGUAGUGUUGGAUCAAUUGAGAGGAGUCUGGAGCGUAUUGUACAGCAAAUUGAAGAUCUGAAGAAUGAAUUUGUGAAUCGAACGAAUGCUACUAAUUCUUCCGAUGAAGCGAUGACGACACGGGUAGAGCGCGGGGAACGUAAUCGAGGCGGCCAGAAUCGAUUUCUGGCAGUGAAAGGGCAUAAACUGGAGAUCCCGAUUUUUGAUGGCAAAGACCCAGAUGGUUGGAUUUUGAGAGCUGAACGGUAUUUCACACUGAAUCAAUUGAGCCAGGAAGAGAAGAUUGACGUGUCUUUUGUUUCAUUUGAAGGGGAUGCACUGAAGUGGUUUCAAUGGGAACACAAGAGGCACCCGAUUACCAGGUGGGAGGAUCUAAAACACCUACCGUUGAGGCAAUUCAGAUCAUUGUCAGCAGAUUCUUUGUGUGAACAAUUUCUGUCAGUGAGACAAGAAGGAUCGGUUGAAGAUUACAGAAGAAAGUUUGUUGAGUUUGCAGCGCCAGUGGAUGGGAUUCCGAAACAGGUUUUUUUAAGUCAAUUCAUUAACGGAUUGGAAGAGUCUAUUAAAGUAGAACUGAGACUCUUGGAUCCGUUAACACUUAGCGAAGCAAUGGAGGUAGCCAUGAAGAUUGAAUUGAAAAACAAAGUGUUAUCGAGAGAGAAGAAUGCGGGAUACGGCAAGAAAACAGGUUCAUCUUUCUAUUCUAAUCAAGAGUCGAAAAGCAAUUUUUCUAGUCAUGGGUAUAAUAAUGUCGCCAAUUCUGUCAAUUACCCGACAAUUGCAAGUAAAGCAAAUACCGGUUUUCGACGUCUGUCUGAUCAAGAAGUACAACAAAGAAGAGUGUUGGGUUUAUGUUAUCGGUGUGAUGAAAAAUAUGCCCCGGGCCAUAAAUGUAAGAAGAAGGAGAUGAGUGUGUUGCUAGUCCAAGAUGAUGUGUUUGAGGAUACGGAACCAGAAACGGAGGAAAAAGUUUGCAAUACAGCUAAAAUUGUUGAAAAAGUAGAGGUACAUUUAAAUUCAGUUGUGGGUUUGACUAAUCCUAAAACUAUGAAGUUGGAAGGAAAGAUUGAAGGACAAAAGGUGGUAGUGUUAAUUGAUAGUGGGGCCACACAUAAUUUCAUAUCAUAUGAUUUGGUGAAAAGACUGAAUUUAAAAAUAGAAGCUACUGGUGAAUAUACUAUUACGUUGGGUUCCGGAAAUGUGGAGAAAGGAAGUGGUAUUUGCAAAGGAAUAAUGUUGUCUUUACCUAAAGUUGAGAUAAGAGAAGAUUUUCUGCCUUUAGGUUUGGGUAAUAGCAACGUGAUCUUAGGGAUGCAAUGGUUGGAGACUUUGGGAGCGACUUAUGUUAACUGGAAAUUACAAGUGAUGAAGUUCUCUUGUGGAGGAAAAUCGGUAAUGUUAAAAGGGGACCCGUCUCUGGGACGUUCGAUGGUGUCAUUAAAGACGAUCGGGAAAAUGAUCAAUCAUGAAGGACAGGGAAUUUUGGUGGAAUUGGGAACUUGUUCGGUGUUUUCAGAUAAUAUGGAGGAAUCAAAUAUUGUUUUGGAACCACUACUAAGAGAAUUUGAAUCAGUCUUUAACAUGCCGCAGGGAUUACCACCGGAAAGAGGUAGGGAGCAUGGGAUCGUGUUAAAGGAAGGGACUGAAACGAUUAAUGUUCGGCCGUACCGUUACCCUUAUUAUCAGAAAGACGAAAUUGAAAAAUUGGUAAAGGAGAUGCUCGAGGCAGGAGUUAUUCAACCGAGUAUAAGUCCUUUUUCUAGCCCGGUAAAUAUUGUUGAUAAGUUCCUGAUUCCGGUUAUUGAAGAACUUUUGGAUGAAUUGCAUGGAGCAACCGUAUUCUCCAAACUCGAUCUAAAAUCGGGUUAUCAUCAUAUUCGAAUGAAAGAGGACGUUUAUAAGACAGCAUUUCGAACCCAUCAAGGACAUUACGAGUUCUUAGUAAUGCCCUUUGGAUUGGUUAAUGCACUGGCAACAUUUCAAGGAUUAAUGAAUGAAGUUUUCAAGAAGUAUCUACGGAAGUUUGUAUUGUUGUUUGCGAAUAAAAAGAAAUGUGAGUUCGGUCGAGAUCGUUUGGGGUAUUUGGGUCAUAUAAUUUCAGCAAAAGGAGUCGAAGUUGACCCAUCGAAAAUUGCUGCGGUUUUGGAGUGGGUGGAACCGAAAUCGUGGACUUCGGAAGCUCAACUGGCGUUUGAUGAAUUGAAGAAAACGUUAUCAUCAACUCCGGUGUUACGCUUUCCCGACUUUUCUAAAGAUUUCGUAGUGGAGACAGAUGCAUCAGGAUAUGGUCUGGGAGCGGUUCUUAUGCAAGAGGAACAACCGAUCGCAUACUUUAGUCAAGCUCUAGGGCUAAGGGCGAAACAGAAGUCGGUUUAUGAGAAAGAGUUAAUGGCCAUUGUGUUGGCUAUAAAAAAGUGGAGACUGUAUUUGUUGGGAAAGAAGUUUGUAGUUCGUACAGAUCAACAAAGCCUUCGUUUUUUAUUAGAGCAACGGGUGGUGGAACCGGAAUACCAUAAAUGGGCUAGUAAAUUACUGGGAUAUGAUUUUUCAAUUGUCUACAAGUCGGGGAGUUCCAAUCAAGCAGCGGAUGCACUUUCUCGUAAAAUCGAUUCGGUGGAAUUGGCCAAUAUGGUGAAUUUUACGUGGAGAAAUUGGGACGACUUGAAACAAGAAAUUAUUGGCGAUAGUUUUCUGAACCGUAUCAAAGACGACUUAAGUUUGGAGAAGGCCGAGCACAAGGGAUUCGAGAUUCAACAAGAUCUGUUAUUGUAUAAAGGUCGUCUGGUUAUUCCUCGUUUGUCCAAAAUGAUACCGUUAAUUUUUGAGGAAUUUCAUGGAUCACCAAUUGGCGGUCAUACGGGAGAAGAUCGGACGUAUCAACGUAUUGCAUCGGAGGUUUUUUAG